UCGAGCGACCUACUGUAUCGACAUAUCUGCGACGACCAUAUUGGACGCAAAACGACAGGCAAUCUUUGUCUUGAUUGUCAUUGGGAUCGAUGCACAGUGUUUCGAUCUAAACGGGACCAUUUAACAUCGCAUAUCCGGGUGCAUCUUAAACUGCGUCCGCAUGCAUGCACAAUAUGUGGACGUACGUUUAAACGAAUGCAGGAUCUUAAUAAACAUUCGCGAAUCCAU